AGAAAACCGUUGCUUUUACGACACAGUCGCAGAUUCAAUGCACAAAUCAAUAAAUUUGCGGUAAAUUAGGAUUGAUUUUUAGUUACAAGAAGAGAAUGGGGUGAUUUGAUUUUUGAAAAAAUAUACCGGUUUGUCAGCAUGUUGCAGAAAUUAAUAUAUGUUUCUUUAAUAUCCUCUAUACUGCUUUAUGUAUCAGCAGUAGAUAAAAAUAAUUUUAAAACUUGUGAACAAAGCAGUUUUUGCAGGCGAUUAAGAAGCGUUAAACCCGGCGAAAGCAAGUAUGAAUUAGAUCUAGGAUCAUUAGAAAUCACCGACAAUUCUUUGGAGUCAAAACUUUUAAACGCUGAAUCUGGAAUUCUUUUCAAAUUUUCGCUAACUGCUAUUAGUGGAAACAUCUUUAGGCUGCAAGUUGAUGAAGCUUCUCCUUUGUAUCCGAGAUAUAGACCUCAAUUUGCCUUAAAUGGUGAGCCUCAAGUAGCCAAAUUGAAACUACUUGAAAGGAACAAAGAAUAUGUUUCAAUUGAAUAUAACAACAACAAAGUCAUAGUUCAUGCUAGACCGUUCAAAAUUGAAUUCUUUGAUAAAGAUGAGCUCAUCAGUGUUGUUAAUGGAAGAGGUCUGUUUAAAUUUGAACACUACAGGAAGAAAUCAGGAGAGAAUAACGAAGUAAGACAAGAAGUAGCUGAAGAUCCAGGAAGUUGGGAAGAAAACUUCAAAAGUCACCAUGACAGCAAACCAAAAGGUCCUUCAGCUGUUGGAUUGGAUAUCAGUUUUCCAGGUGCCUUAAGGGUUUAUGGAUUACCUGAACAUGCUGAUAGAGUUUCUUUACGAACAACUGGAUCUGGAGGAGUAGAUCCAUAUCGUCUAUACAACUUGGAUGUGUUUGAAUAUGAAUUAGAUUCUACAAUGGCCAUUUAUGGAUCAAUUCCAGUUGUCUAUGCUCAUUCUCCUAAACGAACAAUUGGCGCUUUCUGGCACAAUGCUGCAGAAACAUGGGUUGAUAUCAAUAACAGUAGGGACAGAAAUGUUAUGUCUUCAAUAGUAAACUUAGUAUCAGGCAGUAAAUCUGAAAAUAAUGUGGAUGUACACUUCAUGAGUGAAUCGGGUGUAGCUGAUCUUUUCAUUUUGUUGGGUCCGACACCUAAGGCUGCUGUCAAACAAUAUGGCUCCCUCACUGGCGUGCAUCCGUUACCUCAAUACUACACUUUGGCAUACCACCAAUGCCGAUGGAACUACAAUGAUGAAGAUGAUGUUAUCACAGUUGUUAAAAAUUUUGAUGAAAAUGACAUGCCUCUUGACUAUAUGUGGUUGGAUAUCGAGUAUCCAGAGAGAAAGAAGUAUUUCACAUGGGAUCCCCAUAAGUUUCCACACCCAGACGAAAUGAUAAAGAAUUUAACAGCAACUGGUAGGAAACUGAUCGUCAUUAUUGAUCCACACUACAAGAGAGAAGCAGGAUACUUUGUUCACGAAGACUGUCUAGCAAACGACUAUUACGUAAAAACAAAAGACGACAACGUAUAUGAAGGAUGGUGUUGGCCAGGAUCGAGUAGCUAUAUCGAUUUCUAUAAACCAGAAGCUGCUGAGUACUACAAAAACUUGUACAAAUUAGAAAACUUUAAAGGAACCAGCCACGACGUUUACAUCUGGAACGAUAUGAACGAACCUUCUGUCUUCAACGGACCUGAGAUAACCAUGCCCAAGGAUACUAAACAUCAUGGUGGGUGGGAGCACAGAGAUAUUCACAACGAAUAUGCCUUAGCACAUACAUAUGCUACAUUCCAAGGACUUCUCCAACGUACACCAAAUCGUCGUCCAUUCAUCCUCACUAGAGGACACUUUGCCGGAUCCCAACGUUACACAGCAAUGUGGACUGGAGACAACGCCGCUGAAUGGUCUCACUUAGCUAUCAGCUACCCGAUGUGUCUGAGUGAAGCUCUAGGUGGCAUGAGUUUCUGUGGUGCCGAUGUCGGAGGUUACUUCCACAAUCCUGAUACGGAGUUAUUGCAAAGAUGGUAUCAAGCUGCUGUAUGGUUACCGUUCUUCAGGGCACACGCACAUAUCGAUGCUAGAAGGAGAGAACCAUAUCUUUUCUCUGAUGAUGUCAAGAACAGGAUUAGAACUGCUUUAAGGCUCAGAUAUGCUCACUUACCGCUCUUCUACACCCUGUUUUGGCAACAUGAAACAGAGGGAGAGCCUGUGAUCAGACCUCUCUUCUACCAAUAUCCAAAGGAUGAAAACGUGCUCGAUAUUGACAACGAACUUCUUGUAGGGGAUUCAGUCCUUGCCGCAAUGAUCGCAGAACCGGGAGCUUCGAGCGUAAGCAUUUACUUACCAGGAGGUGCUAAUGAAUACUGGUAUGACAUUGAAGACUUCAAAUUGUACCAAGGAACCGGAAAUUACAACAUUCCAGUAACAUUAGACAAGAGUUUAGCGUUUUACAGAGGUGGUAGUAUUAUACCAAGGAAGGAUAGGCCGAGAAGAGCAUCUACUUUGAUGAAAAACGAUCCGUUUACCCUAUACAUAGCUUUAGAUUCUAACAAAAAGGCUAGUGGGUACCUUUAUGUAGAUGAUAAUGAAAGUUUUGAGUACAAAAACAAGAAAUAUUUGUAUUUGCACUUUAGUUUCGAGGAUAAUACUUUUAACAGCGUUUUAGUGGAUAAUACUGAUUACCCAACCAAAGAAUGGGUGGAGAGACUUGUCAUCUUAGGCCCUCCCAAGGGUAUUAAGGGGGCAAAGCUAACUAGCAAAAGUCUCGGCACUGUAGAGCUAACUACUUCGUACACUCAUGAGGAUAGAGUUUUGGUGGUUAGAAAACCAGGAGUUAACAUUAGAGAGAAAUUUACUGUUGAAUUAUAUUAAUCUAUAUUAAAGGGAUUCUUUUGCUUCCCUAGGAAGAAUAGUUUUGAAGUAUUAUAAUAAAUUGUGAUGAAAAAUAAAUUAUUAAUCGUUAAUUUUAAGUUUAUAUUUUUAGAGAAAUUUACUAUUAAAUUAUAUUUAAAACACUCUUUUUGUACAUUAUCUUGCUUCCUUAGGAAGUCUAGUUUUGAAGUAUAUUUUAGUGACAAUUAUUAUGAGUUCCGAUCAAAAAUAAAUUACUAACUGUUC